AUGCAUGUGCCUGUGUGUGACACGGUUCAUGCAUUGUCUCAAGCUGUGAUACCUCCCACAGCGUCGGCAGACGACUGCCAAGCUCGAGGAACCAUGGCUGCAGACAUGGCGCAAGUGUUCGCCGUGCCGGCAGAGGUUCUUCCCAGCACUCGCCAAGUAGCGAGACUCGCGAGACCCGCACCUUCGAGGCAAAGGCCAGCCAUGUCUGCAGCCGAGGCCGAGGCCUCCUCAAGCACCUCCUUCCGGCUCGCUGGACUCAGUGCCGGCGCUGCAGCAGUACUAGUUGCCAGUCGCAGACAGAGGAUCUCGACUCGAGCCAGGACUGUGCGAGAGGCCAAGGCGAGAAAAAUCUUGUACAGAGAGGACGGCCGCAAAAAUUUGAUGCGGGGCAUCGAGAAGCUUGCAGAGACUGUGGCAGUGACUCUCGGACCGAGAGGGCGGAACGUCCUCCUGGACAAGGGCGAGUUCUCUGCACCGCAGAUCGUGAACGAUGGUGUUACCAUCGCCAAAGAAAUCGAGCUGGAGGAUCAGGUGGAAAACACCGGCGUCCAGCUGAUCAGACAGGCAUCCGCGAAGACGAACGACGUGGCGGGAGAUGGUACCACGACCGCCACCAUCUUGGCUCAUGCCAUGGUGAAGAGUGGAAUGAAGCAGCUGGUCGGGGGAGCCAACCCUGUUCAGAUCAAGUCCGGCAUGGAGAAGGCUGCGGCGUACAUUGUCGGGCAGAUCGAAGACAUGGCCGCGCCGGUGAGUGACAAGGACAUGGACAAGAUCGAGCAAGUGGGAGCCAUCUCUGCGGGUGGAGACGACGAGGCGGGGAAGAUGAUCGCAGAUGCCAUGGCCAAGGUCGGUGGAAGUGGUGUGAUCUCUUUGGAGGAGUCCCAAUCGACCACUACCGAAGUGGAAUUGACAGAGGGAAUGAACUUGGACAAGGGAUAUCUGUCGCCGUACCUGUGCCUCGAUGCGUCCAACCCGACGAGCCGAACUUGGGAAGCGAAUGCACCGCUCGUCCUGGUCACGGACCAGAAGAUCUCCAUGGCCCAACAGGAGUUGAUCCCCAUCUUGACCAUUGCAAAGCAGAUGUCCAAGCCACUUCUUGUCGUGGCGGACACCAUCGAGAAAGAGGUGCUGGCGACAUUGAUCGUAAACAAAAUUCGAGGCAUUGUCGACUGCUGUGCGAUUCAAGCACCCGGUUUCGGUGACAACCGAAAGGCCAUUCUGCAGGACAUUGCCUUGGUGACCAACGCCACGUACAUCACAGAGGACCUGGGCCGCAAGCUGGAGUCCAUCACGGCCGAGGACUUCGGCUCAGCCCGCCGAAUAUCCGUGGGCAAGGACUCGACCACAAUUGUAGCAGAUGCACCCAAAGAGGCUCUGGAAGAGCGCUGCGAGCAGCUCCGAAGGCAAAUCGAGGAGACGAAGAGCAGCUACACGAAGGAGCAGCUCGAGAAGCGCCUCGCCAAGCUUGUGGGCGGCGUUGCCCUGAUCAAGGUUGGUGCGACAACAGAGACUGAGCUGAAGGACAAGAAGCUCCGACUGGAGGAUGCGAUCAAUGCGACCAAGGCCGCCGUGGAUGAAGGCAUCGUACCCGGCGGAGGCGCAGCUCUGUGCCACCUCUCGCAAGCGCUGCGCUCCUGGGCGCCGGAGAAUCUCUCGGAGGACGAGCUAAAGGGCGCCCUCAUCGUUGCCGACUCCAUGAGCGCACCUCUCAAACGCAUAGCGGAAAACUCUGGCCAAAAUGGCGAGCUCGUUGCCGAAAAGGUUGCAGAUACAGCAGACACGAAGCAAGGCUUUGACGCGCUGAUGCUGGAGUAUGCGGACAUGCUCGAGCGGGGCAUCAUCGAUCCGGCGAAGGUCACCCGAUCCGCCCUGCAGAAUGCAACCUCAAUUGCAUCCAUGAUUUUGACUACCGAGUGUGUGGUCGUCGAUGCUGACAGCAAGGAUGAAGAUGCCGACGAUGGGGAGGAGGAUUUUGACGAUUACUGA